AAUGUGAUGUGGCAUAAUAUUUGUAGCCGCAGUGGUAGCAAUAACUGUCCACUGCUUGCUUUGCCAUCAUUUCACAAUUAAACAAGCUGAUCAUAAUGGACUCCGAAGAUGAACGAGAAAUGCAGAGGGAGAGCGAGCAGAGAGCCGAGAGGUGCUAUUUCCCAAGGAGACCUUGCAUUGAGAUGCGACUAUUUGAGCGCGAAGAAGCCGACCUUAAGAUUUCGAUGGAAAGGGAUCGGGCUAACGCCAAGAAGAACAAAGAGGGAACAGGUCAAACGCAAAACGACGAGCCAGAGGAGCCACACGUGGAGGACGACUGUUUCUACCGUUUCUAUAAGAUGCAUCGUUUCUUCGCUACCUUCGAAGGGUUUCAUGAGGGCUCCCUCGACUUGACUGGCCGCCAUGAGCGGCGGUAUAUGUCGCUGAAGUCCCGUAUGACUUCAUUCCUCGAAGAUAUCGAGCAUUUGAGAUUAUAUUCCACGAGAGUGGAGUACGUGCCCUCCAUUCCACUCAGCGGACAAUCGGUCCUGUUUGAGUACGAAAUACCGUCUCCUAUCCUAGAUCCAUUUAUGGACAAGUACAAAUUGACAGAGAAUAGCUUUAGUCUCCGUUAUCUGUUCAGAUCAGCAGACGAUGUCAGAAAGUUGUUGUCCAGUCAUCCUCAGCCGGUUUUCCAAAAGCUGCUCCUUGCAGAUCUCCCUAUUGAGUUGAUCCAUCAUAUCAUGGAACUUGGGGAUGUCGAUGUCGCCCGUCGGCUGGCUGCCACCUGCCGCCGCUUCUACGAAAUUUCGUCCGCUCACGCGUACAAGAGCCGUCAAAUUGUUUUCGAUUCAGCGCUGAUUCUAAAUGAUGACCAUCCUCCACCCGGCAGCGAAGCGUGGGGACAAUAUCUGCACUCGGCUGCUCACAAGACGAGACGAAAGCUGUUUGAUGACAUAUCAUUUCUUAGUUCUCGCCCCGACAUCAUUCACCGCAUUCGGGACUUCAAGAUCGGGUGUGAAUGGCAUUCGUCGAUCCUCGCAAAGGCUGGACUAGAAGUGGAGUCGGACGCCCACAUAAAAUUCUUCGUACCGAUAUGGCGUGCCGUGGAAGACAUACUACCAUCGAUCACGAAUGUUACGCGGAUCGUUAUGUGUGUGGUGCCGCUUUCGAAGCGGAUGAUACAUGCUAUCGAAAUGAUCUCAACCCUGCGCACAUUGAGAUUCGAUUGACGUCAGUUCUGCGCCCUCAAACAUGGACUCCCAGCAUUAUCAUCGCUAGUCAAUAUCGGCUUCCAGCUCUGGGAAGCAGAUUUUGACCCAAUCCUUAAAUUCCUUGGUUUGUUACCCAACAUACGCACACUGUGCGUCUACGGGCAAAGGCAAAGCGGCUUUGACUGGCUU